UUUUUUUUUUUUUCCUGCUCGACGGCAGAACAAGAUCACGUAGCGCGAGCCGCGAAUUUGAGACUGAUCAGACGGCUUCCAACCCGUCGUCAGAAUCCGCAGCAGAAGCUAUCCCCCAGCCGCCCUCCCCUUCGUCGCUUCCACUCCUCCCAUGGCGUCUCUCCUCUUCGUCCCGCGCCCCACCCCAAGCCCACGCCCGACGCUCGGACCCGUCACCAGGCUUGGCUUCAUCACCUGCGGCCCGCGCGACAACCGCGGCCCGCUCCAGCGCGGCCGCUCCCUCUCCACGGAGGCCAUCCUCGCCAUCCAGUCCCUGAAGCGCCUCACAUCCGCAGACCGCUCCCCGGCCGCGGCUUCAGCCGCCGCCGCCUCCGCCCUCGGCCGCCUCCUCAAGGCCGAUCUCGUCGCCGCCAUGGCCGAGCUCCAGCGCCAGGGCCACUGGUCCCUCGCCCUCGCCGCGCUCCACGUGGCCCGCGCCGAGCCCUGGUACCGCCCCGACCCGGCGCUCUACGCCACCUUCGUCUCCUCCGCGCCGGCCUCCGACGACGCCGCCGGCGACGCCGUGGACGCGCUCGUGGAGGCGUUCCUGGAGGAGAAGGCGCGGGGCGGCGGGUUCAAGGAGGGGGAGGAGGACGUGUACAAGCUGACGCGGCUGGUGCGCGCGCUGGUGGCCAAGGGGAGGGGCCGCGCGGCGUGGAGGGUGUACGAGGCCGCGGUCAGGACGGGAGGCAUCGAGGUGGAUGAGUACGUGUACAGGGUGAUGGCGAGGGGGAUGAGGCGGCUGGGCCUCGACGAGGAGGCGGCGGAGGUGGAAGCGGACUUCGCCGAGUGGGAGGUCACGGUCUCACCGCCGGCCAGGGACGUGCUCGACGAAAUGCGCGCGAGAGAAAAGAGCAAGACGGCUGCCUCCGCCUCUUAGCGUGUGAUUAGUUUUAGCUCAGCUUAAGACUCAAGGUGACUGUUGCGAUGGAAAUUAUAAUCGCAACGAGUUGGAGCAUCUAGAUUACACGAAACGACUGGAUUUUUAAUAAUAAAGCUUCUACUAUCGAGCUAA